GAUAUUGGUGAUCUCGAUAUUACAACAUGAGAGGAUACGUAGCGCUUGCUGGCCUUUUUUGCCUCAUUGGAACCUCUGUAGGUUUCCUCGUAAACGGUCCUGCUCACGCCUCAUGUAAAGCCACGUGGACGUUCGGAAAGAGCUGUGAUACCAUACUGUCAAGUUUACUCUCGCAAGUUCAGGCUUGGAGUGGGCCUGACAACUGUCGAUCAGGACCAACCAACGAGAAAUGCCUCUAUGUGCUGAAAAGUAACUCAGGUGGCGUUCUGAAACUAACUCACGAGACACCACUGAAGCAUUACAUCGAUGACAUCACGUUUACACUAACCGACGGAGACAUGACCCCCAGUGGUGGUCAGUGUACAGUCAAGGGUAUGUCAAGGGCAGAGACAUGGUAUGCUGUACUCGACUACGGGACCAACUACUGUAACAUGUAUAAUCUCCUGGAAGGUUCACAGCUUACACAACUUGCUGGCUACACCGAGACGACUAGUGACGCCAUCUGUACUCAACACUCGUCUGCCAACUGUACACGAUAUUAAAAUAAAACAACUCAG